AUGGACGACGAAUUCGACGAUAUCUUGCUAGAUGAUUACAAUAUCGAUACUCUUGAUAGAGCUCAGAAAAAUGUGUCAAGUUUAGACGACAACAAUAACGAAUCGCAGGCAACAACAACAUCAAAGAAGGCCGACAAGAAGAAAUUCAAUGCAGACCUGCAAGUAUAG